GCGCUCAGGGAUGGAAUCGACAAAAUAACUCACAAACUAUCCCACACUUUUGCGGCGCGCGUCUUCGGAGGAGUCUUGUACUGAUCUCCUCCAGCCCCCUCUGUUACUCUCCUUCAUAUAGCCUUCCAUCUAAUCGUCCCCUGCCACGAGCUUCACGACACGACAUGCCCUACGCUAUUCCCUCCCCUCCCUCCUCCUCAUCGUCCCUCGCUCCCUCCUCAUCAUCCGCGCGACCCACUCAUCGACGCACCCGCUCCUCAUUCACCGACGAACGUGGUCCUGGCGCAUUCGUCUCUCUUGGAUCCCUGCCCCGCCGUCACUCCCCCAAAAGGGCUCUUUUUCAUCUCAAUGUCGACGAAGACUCACCUCCAGAACAUGACACCCCUCUUCCCCCUCCAGAAGCCCCCAACGGCAACGGCAGCCUCUAUCGCGUAUCGUCUCUCAAGAACUCCAGGGAGAAUGGCAGGUUCUCUCCCUCUAUUCCUCCCCCCAACCACAUCGACCUCUCCCAGUUCGACGCUUCCUCGGAUUCUGUUCCAUUCCCGACUCAGUCCCCUCCCCAUUCCCCCUCCUCUCAACAGCCCCCAAGCCCCUUUGCAUCCCGUGGCUCCUCUUCUUCUAGCUCCUCCUCUUCCCUCCCACGCACACCUUCGACCCCCAUCAUUCUUUCAAGCGGCAAGCCCCUCAAAUCUUCCCUGAAAUCUUCCUCUUCCUCUCCUAGCGUCGCAGGCGAUUUUGCCCAUCGCACAAAGCACUUGCGCGCUCAAUCCGCUCCGAGCACUCCGAGUGCACACAAGAAUGUUCAUUUUGCUGGAGAGGAUGACAAUGACUCUAGCUUGGUCAGCGUCCGCGUCUUCAACCGCAGCGGCAAGCCUGCCAGCUUGAGCAAACCCCCUGGCGACGACACUGAGACUGAGACCGAGGCGGAGAAUGGUCCUUCUUCCGCACCCAGCUCCUACCCAUUUCCCUCCUUCGCCGACUCCUCUCCUUUGUCUCAAUCUAUUCUCCACGAGAUUAAUCAGUCACCUGCCGCGACCUCUCCUGUUCCCCAGCCCAACCCCUCACUGUCCGACAACGUCUUCCUCGAAACGAUCACUCUUCCACGAACUCGUCCACCGACGCUCCGUGGAACCGUCCUCGUUCGCAACUUGGCUUUCGAAAAAACCGUUGCUGUUCGCUUUACCUUGGAUGAUUGGGUCACUACCAGUGAGGUUCUCUGCAAGCAUGUCGUCAGCCUUCCCGGCUUGCCACCUCCUUUCCCAAAAGAGAAGAAGCCUGAUGUCGAUAAUGCGAGUAAGAUCGUGAAUGAUGUUGUGGACGAGGAGGAAGAACCCAAGAGGCCUGCAUGGGAUCGCUUUAGCUUCACCAUCCGUCUUGAAGAUUACGAGCUUAAGCUCUCCGAGCGUACCCUCUGGCUCGUCGUCCGCUACUAUGUUCCUUCAUCAUACGUCGGACCUGGCGGAGAAUGGUGGGACAACAAUGAGGCAAAGAACUAUCGCGUCGGUUUCCGCAGAGCUUCCAUCUCUCCCCUCACCACAACUACAAGCAAUAUUCCCGCUUCGCUCACCAUGCCAAACGUGGUCUCGAUCGCUGGCUCAAUGGGUAUAGGCAAGCCGGGCAGAGGCACUGCUAGCGGCGUUCCUGGAAGGAUGAUGGGUGCGAGGGAGGACAUCCAGGGCUUCGCUCAGCAGAGAACGUUCAGCGCGCCCGGUUCGUUGAGGUAUACGCCCAUGACGGGUACUCUGGCGGGUGUUCCUAUUCUCACUGUCCCUUCUCCUCCUUCGACCUCUGCACCUGCACCUGCUCCGCCAGUCACAACUGUAGCAACGGCAGAAGGAGCCCCUUCACUCGUCCGAUCUAUGAGCUCUCCUUAUCCUCCUUCGAGUCCUCCCCAAGCGGUUGGGGGUUAUGGGUCUGCGAUGGCCCCAAACUCGGACAAAGGGAUGAUGCCUAGCCCGACGAGCCCUAUUGCGGCGGAGAGGGCGAGCUCGUACAUAAGGCGACGGUUGAGUUUGUCGAAUUAUGUUGCGCCGACCUCGCCGACUUCACCUCAUGUUUGCACGUCCACGAGUACAACGACCACCGAGAGUGUGGAGGGUGACGAGAAAGCAAAGGAGGGUGGGGAGACGGGGAAGGACAUGGGUGACAGUAGUUUGGUGACUCCUCCAACCACACCACCUGGUAGCACCAAGGCGCGAAGUACUUCUCUUCCUGAAGUCUCCACUGCUUUGAUCCCCAAGACCGCUCCCGUGGACAUACCUACGCAUACCUCUUUCCCUUCGACUACGACCACGACUACGACUACCACGACUAUCAUUGGCGGCAUGCCCGCAACUGUACCCAUCCAAUGGCCCACAUCCACAGCGGAUUUUCCUCCUGAACUUGAGACUCCUUUUUCACCUACGUCGACAUCUUCUCCGGAUUUUGGAAGCUUUGGGGCUGGGCUGAUGAGUCCACCUAGGAGUCGGGAGAAUAGCGAGGAUGGGAGUGGGGAAGGCGGAAGGUCUUCGCCCCAACCUCAAUCACAGACUCAAAGUGAAGGUCAACAGCCGGGAUUAGGGCUAACUUUAUCGGCCGGCCAGGACGAGGGAAUGGUCUACCCGGGGUCGAGUGCCAUGGGUGGGAUGAAUGAUUCUUCGUACGCUGCAUUCGUGAGGCAAUGGUGCUUUGCGCAGAGUACACCUCCCACUCCCGGUGUACAUUCUCAUUCGCCUUCUUCUGGGUCUCCGCCAAGCUCCUCCUCUCCAACACCGUCUGUUGGUUCACCAAGGCAUGACGCGCGGGAGGGUGAUUCCAGAGGAAAUGCCGUUGGGUGGGUGAGGUCGAGUAGUCCGAGUGCGGUAGAGCGUAACCAUGCUGUUACGACGUAUAAUGGGAAUGGGAGGAGGGGAGGUGGGCCUAUGUUUUGGGAAGGUAUGAAUGCACCGGGUUCGGGUUCGAAUGCGUCCCUCCCUGGUGUGGGUAAUAUCAACAUGGGUGCGGGGUAUGGUUUCCCGGGCUUCCCUUUUGGCGUCCCUGGCGUUGGGGGGAGGAACGGACGUGGACAUCAGGCGGAUGUGGGCAUGGUUGGCGGUGAGUGUUGAACCAUACCCCCACUUCUUUGCUCUUCCGCUUUGUUCUUUUGGUGGUCGAAGAGGAAAGAGGGAGAGAGAGAGGACACACAAAAAAGUCCGGUUGUCGGUAGGCGGUAUUGCACUUGGGUUUUGACGUGGUUUGCCUUUUUUGUGCGGCUAUGUCGGGCUUGAGUGGAGUAUUCAUCCUAUUCGGCUUCUGUUGGACGUUUUGCUUUGUUGGAUUUGGGAGUAGCUGAGUUGAGAUGAGUUGUUGCUUCAUUCUAUAAUGGCUGGAUCCGAAUACCAUACCAUGCGAUCUUCUCCAUAUUUUCUUGCAUCUGUUUUACUUCAUAUCGCUCUUGCGUAUCUUCUGCAUUGUUUUUCUUUACUGCAUCUUCUUUUGCUCGUCUUGUUCUUGCUCAACUUUAUAUGACAUCAUCUUCAUCUCAUCUUGGGUUUGCGACAUUGUUUUGAUUGGUUUUGUUUUUGCGGUUUUUUUUCGGUCCUGUGGGAUUUGUAGCUCGUAUGCGGUGAAAAUUCAACGACGUACGCUUUCGAUCAUCAAGCCCCCUUCCCUCGUCCAAGAACCCGAGACCCAAGAUCCUCAACGCUUCUCAAUCGGGACUCUCAACUUCACCAACGACCACUUUGAUUUAUGCACGUACCACUUAUACCC